AUGGAUAUUCAAAAUCUCUUUAGCGUCAAAGAUAAAGUUGUUCUUGUCACAGGUGGCUCCCGUGGCAUUGGUGAGAUGAUUGCCACCGGCUUCGUCCAAGGCGGCGCCAAGGUGUACAUCAGCAGUCGCUCAGCCAAAGCUUGUGAUGAGGUUGCUGCCAAAUUAACUGCUUUGGGCCCUGGCAAAUGUAUUGCUUUACCUGCCGAUUUACAAAAUGUUGAGGAUAUCAAGAAGCUUGUUGCUGAACUGAGCAAGCGUGAGACUCAUUUGGAUGUUCUUGUCAACAAUGCUGGCGCUACUUGGGGUGCUCCAUUGGAUUCCUACCCUGAUGCCGCCUUCCAGAAGGUCAUGAAUCUCAAUGUCACCCGUAUUUUCACCUUGACUCAAGCAUGUCUCCCUCUUUUGAGAGCCAAUGCUACUCAAGAUAUCCCCUCUCGUGUCAUCAACAUUGGUUCCAUCAACGGUGAAGCACCUCCUGGUUUAGAGACUUACGCUUACUCUGCCUCCAAGGCCGCCAUCCAUCACUUGACCCGUCAUUUAGCUGGAAAGAUGGGCAGAGAACACAUUCUGGUCAAUGCUAUCGCACCUGGAUCUUUCCCUUCAAAGAUGAUGGCUGCCACUCUCAAGGAACGUGGUGAUGCUAUCAUCAGCGCUGUACCUAUUGGCAGAGUUGGAUCUCCCGAGGAUGUUGCUGGUACUUGUAUCUACCUCUCUUCUCGUGCAGGUCAAUAUACUGUUGGUGCUGUUAUUGUCGUUGAUGGUGGUGCUCUUGUAUCUUCUGCUAGAUUGUAA